AUGGAUUAUGAAAGGACUGAUAGUAUAGAGGAACAAUGGAAUAUUUGGGAGGUAGAUGAGAGUGAAGUAGUAGACAUGAAUCGGCGGAAACAAGGGUAUGAACAAUUAUUACAUGAUUUCGAAGUAGAAUCAGGCCGUAGAUUGUUAUGGGAAGUCCAUAGUGAUAUUGCCCAACAGUGGUGGGAAUAUAAGAAUGAAAAAGGAGCUGAAAUGUCACUUUUCCAGGACGAAGUAUACUUAGUGGACGAUUUAAGGGCCAUCCAGGGUGAAGAAAGCUUCUCUGAUGUAACCCGGAUGGAAUGGGAGCCCAAAAAAAAUGUUCUCUGGCCUCUUACACCUGAGGAAGUUAUAGAAACCUCGGAAGAAGAAAAUGGCUCCAAGAAUGAGGAUGAUGAAGAAUCAUCUGAUAGUAAUUGUCUGUCUUCACAAUGGGAAACAUCAGAUGAUGAUGAUGAGUCCCAAGUAGAAGUUGUGAUAGACAGUGGAUCAACAAGUCUAACUACCCCGGAGGAAGAAAGCUCGACCGAAGAAUGGAAAGUUAAUAAAAGCCUUGCUGACCAAGUAAAACAAGAGGAUGCAAUGAUGGAUGAAUUUAUCAAAUGGCCAGAAAAUGAACAGGAAGAAACCCCUGAGCCACAGGCCAUUGAUAUUGGCGCAGAAGGAAUUGGUAUUGAAAAAGAUAAACAGGCAGUAAAUAUGGACAUGCCUAUAUAUAUACCCAUCUUUCUCUUUACUAAAUUAACUCCUAGAAGGCGCCAAAAGUUAGCCUUUGCGGGAAAAACUCAGCACUUCGAAAAUGAGUUCUUUCUCUACGACCACCCUACCCUUAAUGACCAUAUAGCAGCCCAGGAGCUCAAUUUAAGGGAGGCCAUAUAUUGGGUAGAUUUUUGUGGCUAUCCUUUAAUUGCCAACGACCCAAAUGAAUUACUAAUCUUGCAAAAAUAG